AUGGACUAUGCAAUUGUGCUCUUACUUGUUUUUCUCUGUCAUGAAGUAUUUACUGUUUCUUCAUCCAAAUUACCUCAUCUCUUUCACAAACAUCAAACCAGUUCACUUCUAAAAUUCAAGAACACACUUACUGUAGAUACCUCAGCCUCUUAUCUCUGUCAAGAGCCUUAUCCAAAAACGAGUUCAUGGAACAUGAGCAGAGAUUGUUGCUCAUGGGAUGGUGUCAUAUGCGAUGAGAUGACUGGCCAUGUAAUUGAACUGGACCUCAGCUGCAGCAAUCUUGCUGGGACCAUCGAUUCCAAUAGCAGCCUCUUCCAACUCUCUCAUCUCCAAAGGCUUGAUCUUUCUCUGAAUAACUUCUCCAAUUCUCACAUCUCCCCUGAAUUUGGCAAGUUUUCGAGCUUGACGCAUCUUGAUCUUUCUGACUCCAAUUUCUGUGGUCAAAUUCCUUCUGAAAUCUCUCAUCUUUCCAAGUUGCAGUCUCUUCGUCUCUAUGGUCGCCUACGACUCAUAGCUCACGAUUUUAAAUUGCUCCUUCAGAACUUGACUCAAUUAAUAGAGCUAGAUCUUACUUCCAUAAACAUCUCUUCCACCAUUCCUCUGAAUUUUUCUUCUCAUUUAACAACUCUUAGGCUGGGAGAUACAGCAUUGUAUGGGAUAAUACCUGAGACUAUAUUUCACCUGCCAAACUUGGAAACACUUCACUUAUGGGAAAAUUUUCAGCUCAGUGGUUAUUUUCCAAAGACCAAAUGGAACAGCAGCACAUCUCUCCAGAAGUUACAACUCAGUUUUGUGAAUUUUCCUCAUAAUUUGCCCGAGUCUAUUGGCUAUCUAACUUCACUGCGUUAUUUGUAUCUUCAAAAUUGCAACCUUAGAGGGCCUAUUCCUGAAUCUCUUUCGAAGCUCACUUGCAUAGAGGAUUUGUACCUUCAAUAUAACUCCCUGAAUGGAACAAUACCAUCAGGGAUUUUCUCCCUUCCAUCACUAAGUCGUUUAGUCUUGAGCAAUAACCACUUUUCUGGUCAAUUUGAGGAUUUCAAUUCCAAUUCCAAUUCACUAAUCUUGAUUGAUUUAAGCAAUAAUCAGUUGCAAGGCCAUCUUCCCAACUCAAUUCAAAACCUUGUGAACCUAACAGAUCUUGAUCUUUCUUUCAAUAAUUUUCAUGUGGAUGUCAGCCUCUUUUCAGACCUCAAACAGCUUUUGUAUCUUAGUCUUUCAUACAAUACUAUUGAUGAAAAGGAAGUUAAUUCUACUUUGCCUGAGUCACUUGAGUACUUACUAUUGGCCGCAUGUGAAGUGAAAGAAUUGGCGUUUCUAAGAUCUGCAAAACAUCUUUCCAACUUGGAUCUUUCAAAUAAUAAGCUUCAAGGAAGAAUUCCUGAUUGGGCAUGGUCUAACUGGAUGUCAUUGACAACUCUUAAUAUAUCCCACAAUAUGCUGACGAGUGUGGAUACAAUUCCUCUUCAGAUUGUAUAUACUAUUGAUUUACGAUCCAAUUUGCUUCAAGGUUCACUACCUGUUCCACCAAAUUCCACAACAUUCUUCUUCAUAUCCUAUAAUUAUCUCAGUGAAGAAAUUCCUUCAGAUAUUUGCAAUUUAACAUCACUUGUAAUGCUAGAUUUGGCAAGAAACAAUUUACGUGGAGAAAUUCCGCCAUGUUUGGGAAAAAUCACUGCCCUCCAAGUUUUGGAUAUGCGCCACAACAAUCUUUCUGGGAACAUUCCAACGACUUUCAGCAAUGGAAGUUCACUGAGCAGCCUUAACUUGCAUGGAAAUAAACUAGAAGGGAAAAUUCCCCAAUCUUUGGCCAAUUGCAAAAACUUGCAGCUUCUUGAUUUAGGCAAUAAUAACCUCAACGGCACAUUUCCUGUGUGGUUGGGAGCUCUGCCAGAUCUGCUAGUUUUAAGCUUGAGAUCAAACAAAUUGCAUGGACCCAUCAGAACAUCAAGGAUUGUGAACAUGUUUCCUGAGCUUCGAAUCAUAGAUCUCUCUUAUAAUGCCUUUUCGGGAAGCUUACCUUCGAGUUUGUUUCAACAUCUGAAAGCCAUGAGGACAAUUGAUCCAUCAAUGGGAGCACCAAGAUAUCAUGGAGAUACAUAUUAUGAAGAUUCUAUUACAGUUGCAACCAAGGGAUUUUAUCGUGAAAUUGUGAGAAUCUUGUAUUUGUACACAGUUAUCGAUCUUUCAAGUAAUAAAUUUAGGGGGCAAAUUCCAAGUAUCAUGGGGGAUCUCAUUGCAGUUCACAUAAUGAAUUUAUCUCAUAAUGGAUUGCAAGGUCAUAUACCGUCAUCAUUCGGAGAUUUAUCUUCAGUUGAAUCAUUGGACCUAUCAGGAAACCAGCUUUCAGGAGAGAUACCACAACAACUGGCUUCUCUUACGUAUCUUUCAUUCUUAAAUCUCUCCCACAAUCAUCUCCAAGGAUGCAUCCCUCAAGGACCUCAAUUUCACACUUAUGAGAGCAACUCAUAUGAAGGCAAUGAUGGAUUACGUGGAUUUCCUAUUUCAAAAAGUUGUGGCGAUGCUCGGGUAUUAGAUACAAAUGAUACCGUAUCUGGACUAGAUGAUGAAGAAAGCAAUUCUGACUUUCAGAGUGAUUUUUGGAAAGGUACUCUUAUGGGCUAUGGAAGUGGACUAUGUAUUGGAUUAUCCAUAAUAUAUUUCAUGAUUUCAACUGGAAAACCGAUUUGGCUUGCAAGAAUCAUCAUAGAAAUGGAGCACAAAAUAAUUAUGGGAAGGAGAAAGAAGCAGCGAAGGCAAAGGAAUUACAGAAGAAGAAACAUUAAUCACUUCUAGAUAAGUUAUAAGAAGGAUAAAUAAU